UAGAAGGCAUUCUCAUCUGAUAGUGGAUACAUCGGAGACGAUUUGUAUCAUUUUAUAAUAUCAUUUUAUAAUUUACCUCUCUCUCUCCCUCUCUCUUCAAAAGAUGACGUCUGUAUUUACAAUUGGAGGAAUCGCUUUGAAGGUUGUGAAAUUGAUUAUCAAUUUCAUAUGUAUUAUUCUCUAUCGAACUGGCUAUGGGGGUGAAUUUCUGGGUGUUGGUGGAACAUGGAAUUUGAAUGAAGAAAAAAAUCCAGAUGCCGAGAUCGUUGCUUCUGGGGUCCUGGUUGGUUUCUUCAUUUAUACUGCUGUUGUUCUCAUUAGUUAUUGUUUUGGGACAACGCAACACAAGAAAACGCUAGUGGAAAUCAUUAUGAAUUUUGUUGGCAUGUUCAUGUUUAUUGCUGUUGGUGGAACAGCUCUGCAUUAUUGGAAUGGAUAUCAAGCGGAACACAAAUACAUUCAUACAGCGACCGAGAGACAGGUGGGAUUGGCUCUUGGAUCUCUCUGCGUAUUGGAAGGCGCUGCAUACCUCCUAGAUACAUUAUUGAGCAUUUAUGCUUUCGUCAAAGACGAUUACAUGGAUUAAGUGUCGCUUUUUCAACUUAAUAUUAAAUGAACUUUUCAUUCUUCACACAACAUUUCAUUUAAAUCAUAAAUAUGAUGAAAUCUAAAUUUACAAGUAAGAAUAGUUCUACAGCUAUUUAUAGUUUUUUUUUCACUCUAUAAAGUUAUGAAUGAAAAUAUAAGGUAGAAUUUGACUGAACAGAUUUAUUCUACACAACAUGA